UGAGUCUCUUCGCCGUUCCUACUUGGUCCACCUCUGUUUUCGGCCCCCGCCCUCGGCCUCCCUCUAGCCGGAACUUUUCAUCCUCACGCCCUAGUGGAAGCGGGGACUGAUUUUGGCCUGGCGCAGCGCGUGUCGGUCAAGAUGGCGGCGGCCAUGAGCUGCUUCGGGAGAGUUUUCCUUCAGUACCAGAGUCAGUGUUUCUCCCGGGUUGCAGUUGCGUCUUGUCUUGUAAAUGUUCAGGCAGCCAAAAGACAUUAUGUUGCUGCAAAGCCUGCAAAAAAGAAGAAAAAAGGCUCUAAAGUACAAACUUCAGAUGCAAAAACGGAUGAUAUAGAAAAGCUAAAGACGUACACUUACAUGGAGGGCGAGCCUGAGGAUGAUGUCUACUUAAAACGCUUAUUCCCAAGGCCGAUUUAUGAAGUGGAUAAAGCGAUUAAUUUACUAAAAAAAUUUCAAGUUCUGGACUAUUCUCACCCAAAGCAAGGUGUCUAUCUUGAUUUGACACUGGAUAUGGCACUGCAGAAGAAGAAGAAAAAGGUGGAGCCAUUUAUCAGUGUCCUUAAUUUCCCAUUUCCUUUUACUUCAAAGGCUAAAAAAAUUCUGGUAUUUACAGAGAAAGAACCCGAAAUUAAAAUCGCAGAAGAGAACGGGGCUGCGUUUGCAGGAGGAUCUGCUCUGAUUCAGAAGAUUUUGGAUGAUGAAAUCCAGGCAGAUUUUUACUUAAGCGUUCCAGAAAUGAUGCCAGCACUUCAGCCAUUAAGAAGGAAACUCAAAAAAAGAUUUCCGAGGCUUUCCCAAAAUUCCAUCAGUCACGACAUCGUGAAAAUGCUCGAAUUCUUUAAAACUGGACAUGAGAUUGCAGUAGAUGAGGAAAGAGGGAACUUCCUCCAGACCCAAAUAGCAGUGUUGGAUAUGCCAAAUAAUGAGAUAGCUGCUAAUCUGGAAGCAGUCAUCACUGAUGUCUGCAGGCACAAACCGCAGAGUAGUGGACCUUUUGUGGUACGUGCAUUUCUUCGUAGUUCAACAAGUGAAGGAUUAUUAAUAAAGAUUGCACACUUAUUACCUCAAGAAGAAGUAAAAGCAGAAGAAAGUAUUAAAGAAAGUUUCUAAAAAAUUCCA